UGUGGUGCUAUGUUCAGCCGUCGUUACAAUCUUGGUACUCACGUUAAAACGCACAAUAAAAACAGGGCAAAGAGCUUUUCCUGUCAUCUUUGUGAUAAGACUUUCGACCGUAAACAUGAUUUGUCCAGACACAUUUCAACAGUUCACAAUGGUGAACGCGCUUUUGCUUGCGCUGAAUGCUCAUCUACCUUCAGUAGAAAAGAUGCUUUAGCGAGACAU